AUGGCCUGGCUCUCAGCUCGUGAUCGAUUGUCGACGUUGGAUAGAAUUGCCAAAUGGAGCCAGGGUAUUGAUACUACCUGUGUUCUUUGCAAAGCGGGUCCUGAAUCGAGAAACCACCUAUUUUUUGAGUGUUCAUAUACUGGUCAAGUUUGGGAGCAUAUAGCAAAGGGAAUUCUGUGUAACUCUUUCACUAAUACUUGGCCUGAGAUUAUGGAGAUUCUCACAGAUUCGACUAGGGAAAAGAAAAGCUUGUUCUGCAUCCGCUAUGCUUUUCAAGCGGUACUAUACGCUGUCUGGAGGGAGAGGAACAAGCUCAGGCAUGGUGACAAGUUGUUACCACUUCCUGUUCUUAAACGGAUGAUUGAUAAGGGAAUUCGAAAUAGAAUUACUUUGAUGUGUAGACAAGGAGUCAAGGGAAUGGAGGGCUUUAUGCAGUAUUGGUUUAGUACUAGAAUGUAA